AUGAGCCUUAAAACUGCGUUUACACAUCACCGUCGUUCACGUUCCAACAUUACCCCUGGCGACUUGCCGCCCAUUGAAACACGUCAAUCUAGUUGCGACACCACCACUUCUACUACUUCUCCUAAUAGUAGCAGACGUAAUUCUGACGGUUCACCACGGGUCCCAGCAGCUCUUGUCAACAACUCUUCAACCCCUUCACCACCACCCGACAUUAACAUCUUUGCCCCAUCGCCCUCAGCCAUUGCCAAUACUACGAGUCAUCAUCCCAUGCCAACCGAAACCACGACCACCAUCGUUGAAGAGAAAUAUCCGUCGUCUCGCUCUGCCUCACCCAUACCACAUGUAUCUGAUCCACAGCCCACUUUAUCCAGUACAAGUGCCGUUUCUCGUUUGUUCGCCAAAAAACCUCGUUCUCGCGGCUCAAGUUUGUCCAAUCACUUUCACAACAGCGACUCGGUACCAGCGCCGACGACAUCUUCAGUAUCGGAUAUCCACCUUCCCAUAAUGAAUCAUAGCAAUACAAGUGCAACUAGACUAAGACCCUCCUCACCAUCUCCUCCACCACCAACAUCAUCUGCCACUGCUCCUCCUGCUGCUCCUACUCCUUCCUCAUCAGUGAAUGAUCGUGUCGUUGCUCCUGGCACUAUUGCUUCCGUAUGUGGUGUCGAACUCGCCAAUGCAAAACGUAAUCAAGAUUUUCAUGCACUCUUUCGAAGCGUCCCUGAAGAAGAUCCCCUGAUUGAAGAUUUUGGAUGUGCUUUGCAAAAAGAGAUCCUGUUACAAGGUAGAAUCUACAUUUCAGAAAACCAUAUUUGUUUCAACGCCAAUAUUUUCGGCUGGGUCACCAAUCUCGUCAUUGCAUUCACUGAUAUCGUCGAGAUUGAGAAACGUACUACAGCCCUCUUUAUUCCCAAUGCUAUUCAGAUAUCCACUUUGCAAGCCAAGCAUUUUCUCACAUCCUUCCUAUCCCGAGACCAAGCUUAUGAUCUCAUUGUUGACGUUUGGCAGCAAACAAAAGCACCAGAGAAUGACAAGAAUGAAAAUGGAAAGGAUCCUUCACAAUCUGCCAGUGAUAUUGAUGAUGAGACAGAUACGUCAUCCGAUGACUAUUCUUAUACUUCAUCAGAAGAAGAGGAUGAUCAAGAGAAUCAUGAUGAUGAUAAUACGGCUCAUGCAGCAGCAGCAGGUCAGCAACAAGAUCGUCAAUCGUCUCUGCCAUCAUUGCCGCUACGAGCUGGACUUGCCAAAAAGAGCGACGCUGAUGCAUUAAGACGCCGAGCUAUUUCGGAAGCCGGUCCGCAACCACCCAAUCUUAGCUCCCUUGUUAGUUCAGAAUCGGGUGUCAGUGCUACGGAUACCAAAGGAGGUUCAAGAUCAAGUACGCCACCUGUGCCGCCAUUGCCAUCAUCCUUUGGAUCAUCCACUACAGCAUCUUCUCAACAAGUUCAUGAAAAGACCGAAUGUGCUUGUCUCAAGUCCGGUGAUCAUUAUCCCAAGGUCGUACUGGAUCAAAGUUUUCCUUGCACAAUCGAAGUUUUGUACAACCUCCUUUACCAAGGCAGCUUUAUGAAAAAGUUCUUGACAGAGCAAAAGAAUACAGACCUUACGAUUGGUGAUUGGCAAAAGGAUAGCAACAAUACCGAAACGAUACGUGAACUCUCUUAUACCAAACCCCUCAAUGGAUCGAUAGGUCCCAAAUCAACAAAAUGUCUAUUGACUGAAGAGAUCAUGCAUGCGGACUUUGGCGAAUAUGUCACACAAGUCACCACCACUCGGACACCUGAUGUGCCUUCAGGGGGAUCAUUUUCUGUCAAAACCAAAACAUGCUUGAUGUGGGCGGGUCAAGGGCAAGUACGGAUGCUGGUCACCGUAUUGGUUGAUUUUACAAAGACGUCUUGGUUGAAAGGUACCAUUGAAAGUGCCUCCAUCAGUGGACAAGAAGGUUACUAUAAGGAACUUGACGCUGCUAUCCGUAAGCAAUUAUCCAAGCCAUCCAAUGGUGACAUGUCGGAUCGCAAGAAGCGAAAGCAACGUAAAGGCAAGAGAAAGCAUCGUGCCCAAGCUGAUGCUGCAGCCACAGGAGCCUCCGAGAUUGCACAAAAGGAUCAAGGUGUAGCUGCCAAAGCAAUGUCACUUUUAUCGGAUGGUAUUGGGUGGAUGAUUACCAAUGCGUCUGUUCCUUCCGCAUCCCAGGCCACUGUAUUUUGCAUGUUGAUGCUGGUCAUCAUUAACUUGUUUAUUGCCAACAAGAUGGCUCAAGUCGAUCGACAAUUGGAAUUAUUGAAACGUCAUCCACCAUCAUCCCUGCAUCGUUAUGGACGACAACAUCAUGGUGCAGCAGAGAAUGAGUUAUGGUCAUGGUUAAGUAAUAUGGAUCCCGACCAUCGGCAAGAGGCCCGUGUUGCGUUACAAAACGAACAUGAUGCAAUGUGGUCGGCAAGAUUACACGAAUCACGAGCAGCCAAAGCAAAGCUUGAUGAACACAUGGAUGAUUUGGAACAAAUGAUACAACGUGCUGGUAACAAUAUGGAACAAGUAACCAAGAUGGUCAAUCAGCAACGACAAAGAAUCAUGAACAAUUGGACAGCUUAA